GGAUUGCACAGAGCCAUGGACACAGCACGGCUGAGCCCCACCUGGGCUGGAGCCAAGCCCGACCCCAAGGCCAUCCAGGCCAACCAGGGCUGGCAGGGGAGGACAGCAGGGGAGGGACGUGCCCCAGCACUGCAUAAAAAGCCCCCGCAGGGCCAGGGAGCAGAGACACUCUCAGAAGAGCCAGAGAAGCAGUGCCAGAGCUGCAGGAGAAGGGCCAUGGAGCAGUACUUCUCAGCCACGCAGAAGAUGGAGCAGGAGGUGAUGUUCCCCAGCCUGCUGCGAGGCGUCUUCCCGCAGGAGGAGGGGGCAGCCCCGGCCGCAGAGAGCCGCACGGACCUUUACGAGCGCUACCAGCUCCUCAAGGCCAUCAAGCCCAUGGUGGAGAAAGGCCUGGCCUCUGUCAGUGACCAGAGCCCGAGCGGUGCCCACACCGACGUGGACACAUCCUUGGGCAGCAACGAGGCCGAGGGUGCCCAGCUGGAGGAGCGCCUGUCCCACCACCUGACUGGCCUGCAGCAGGUCCUCACCCACCUCACCAGGGACACCAACGCCCUGACCCGGAGGUACAGCCAGAUCCUGGAGCAGAUCAACCUCAGCGAGGGGCAGCCCAGCUGGUGACCCUGUCCUGGCCACCAGGACAGGUGCUGGUGUCAGGAAGCACAAGACGUCCCCGUCGCUGACCACUGCAGGCUCUCCCCAGUCCCGCUGGCAUUCCCUGCUCCGUGGCAGCCGAUCGGAUCUCCCGGCACCUGCAGCGACACCAGAGAUGGUUGUGACCACUGCAGAACCAGAUGGUGCAUUUUCCUCAUAGGAAGAAGCAUCCAGCGGUGCUGGCAAGGCCGUGGGAAAGCUGCAGGCUCGUGGCCUCCUCUUUAUUUUCAAAGAGUGGCACCAAGUUGGGAGAGUUGUGAUGUGGUCCCAACCACCAACAGUCCCUGGACAUUGCCAAGCCCUUUUCCAGCUGGUACCUGGACUCCAAGGGCAUUCCCUCCUGUUUCUGCUAAUAAAAGAAUCCCUGGGAACCCA